AUGUCGGACAGAGGCUUGAGCAAUAAAAACAGCGUGCACCGCUCCUCAUGGAAUUUUGAAAACAGAUGGGUCUUGAGAUCCGCUCUGAACUUCGCAAGUGAUGGAGAAGUAGUCAGAGAAGUAGGUAAAGAGUUCCAGAAAAAAGGACCAGAUAAAGCAAAAGCAGAUUUGGCAAAAGAGUGUUUAACACGAGUCACGACAGGCAUGGAACUAAAUGAGAACCUCCUUCCAAUAAAAUGUACUUGCCACAGUGACUUGACUAGUAGAUCAAACAGCCAAACAGCCACACCGCUAUGGAAAAUGCAGAAAAUGCGACGAAACGUUUUAAAAUCGGACGGCAGCGGGAUUGAAAGCGACAGUUCGUAUUCAGACAGCGGCAGGGGACUGAGCGAGGAUGAACGGUUCAAACAAAUAAACAGAAACAAAAUAUCCUCCAUAUCUUUGAUGACGCCAAUGAAUGGCCUUUGUAAGGUAAGCACUGCCGACGUUUUAGCUGUUCAUGAAGUUCUGUGCGCGAAUAAUAACAGACAUCUCAAAAAUCAAAACGUUCAAGUUCCUUCUAACGCUUUCGUGCAUCAAGAUCCAAACGAUCUCCAACAAGCAAACGAAAAAAAUAGAUUCCACAGAACAUUACUGAACAGAAUAAACGAGAAGCAGGAUGCAGUGGUCUCGAGGCAGGAUGCAGUGGUCUCGAGGCAGGAUGCAGUGGUCUCGAGGCCGUCUCCCUCCCGUCUCGACUCAACCGAACGAAAGUCUCACUCCCCUUCGAACGAUGGUACCAUACGCAGGAACUGGUCCGUGGCUGCCAGUGAGUUCUAA